AUGAAUUCUCGUGUAUAUACAGUCGCCGAACUCUUACAGCGACUCACAGAUCAUGGUAAAUUUCUUCCCUGUGACGAUUCACUGUCGUUCUCAAAAUUCAAAUCAGAUAAACGCGGAUACGUGGCUCUUUUGUACAGUGGCACGGCGAGAAGCUUUAGUGCCAAUUUUGAAAGUCAUAUCAUUAAUUUAAUGGCUGGAUGUCCUUAUACUGUUCAUUUAUUUUUACAUACCUACACGAAUGAUAAUUACCUUCAACAACAGUUGAAUAAUUCUGAAUAUGCAAAUUACUUGUCAGUCAAUUCAACUCUUGCUUAUUUCAAAGGCUACACGAAUUUGGAUAAUCAACGUGUCCUUUUUCGUCAUGCGGUUAAAGCGAAUGUUUUUGAAUAUGUACCUCCGGAAACUUUACGUCAAAUAUAUAAAGAUACUUAUGAUAUUUCGAUUAAACGCUUUCCUAGUCAUCCGCCAGUUCCCGGUGUUUAUUAUAUGUGGCAUAGUCAACGUCGGAGUGAAGAAUUACGUCAAAAAUACAUGAAUGAAACGAAGAUCGUUUAUAAAUGGACAUUUCGGAUGCGUCACGACGGUGUUUACUAUACGAAUUGGUGGCAACGAGCAUUUAAUGUAAUCGUUUAUAAUUCAUCGAGUCCGACACAUAAAAAUUUAACUCAUGAUGUAGCUGAUGAUUGGGGUAUUUAUCGCACUCGUCUCUAUGAUAUGAUCUAUGAGCCAAGAAUACGAUUGCAUAAUGCAUUUUACAUUCCUUUUGGUUGGUCUAACGGUGGCUAUAACGAUCAAUUUGCGGCAUUGUCAUCUGUGAAUGCGAAUCAUUAUUUUAUGCGUAUAUUACAUGUUAAUCGAAUGCUAAAUCACUCGAUUGUUCAUCCUGAAACUUCGAUUCGUCUGAUUGCUGAAUGGAAUAAUAUUAUUGUGGAUAAUAUUAGUGCGACGAUGUGCUAUGAUAUAGUCCGUGUAUUUCCCAGCAUUUCUCUACCGACAAACAAUCGAUCAUGUCGUUACAAGGGAAGUGGUCGAGAAGAUUGUCAAAGGUUAUGUCCGAAAUUAGAAGAGAUUAACAAAGAACUACGAAACAGUUUCAUUCAGGACCCAUCCGUGCUGAAACAGAAUGUGACUCUCAACAACAAUCAAAUACAGAGUCUAUUGUUUCAACAUAUCUCGCGUAUGAAGAAUCAAACUCUUUCGAUCAGUAUUCAAUCAUCAUCGUUCUAUUAUUUCUACCGGUACAUCAAUAUCAAAAACAUCAAUGAUCCUUGUUUAUCUGAAACAUGGUCGAAAGACCAAGGGAAUAAUUAUGAAUCAUACAGAUUCCCAUUUGUUUUACGUUCAUCUAAUUCAAAAAUCAUAACCCAAUACAAUAAAUUGUUAACAUGUGGAACAUCUGUACCUGUCACUAGUUGA